GCUGAUGGAGUGAGAGACACCGAUAGAUAGCUCUUCCCCAUUUGGCAGGCUGAAGACCAUUAAGUCAGACCCGUUGGACUCGUUCUAAGAAGGUGUCUAAAGACCUGGAGGUGCCAUGCGGGACCCGUGUCGUAUUUGUGGUGUGCGUCUGGUGGGAAGCCAGUGUCGCUGGAUCUUCAGCUCAUCGGCACAAAGGAAGCUACAGGUCAUCUUGUCCCACGUGCUGGGCUGGGAGGUGACCCGUGACGGUCAAGGAGAGUUCCUCUGUGGCAAAUGUGCGUUCCAGCUGGAGAAGGUGGUGCACUCGGAUGUUAACAUCAGCCAGCUGCAGGAUAAACUCAACAGCCAGAUCCAGAAGAUGCAGGCGGAGAAAGACCACCUGGUCCAGUGCAUCGUCCACGUCUACAACAAAAACAACCCAAACCUGUACAAGGGGUCUUUGGAAGGCACCAGUCGCAAGACCCCGCUCAGGUCCUCUGGGGAGGGAAGUCCCGAUGAUGAGGCCGUGUGUCGUCUGGCCUCUGAGGGACCGGUGUUCAGGGAGAGUGGAAGUGGUCUCACGGAAAACCGCAUGAGAAGGUGCGUGAGUCUGGACCGAAUUGUUAGUAAAGGGGCAUUUCCAGGGCGGUUGAGCCUCCGGGGCAGCUGCCGGCUGGGAUCUGCGGCAGGGCUGGGAUCAGCGAUGGGGUUGGGGUCGGCGGCGGGGCUCAAUUGCUCUAUGAAGAGCUUUGGUCUCCGAGGCACACGGCAACAUUCGCAAAGCAUGUACCUUGACCUGGUCCAACGCAAGGGCUCUCUGGCUAGACCCGGAUCCAAAGGUCGCUCCACUUCCCUGCAGUGCCUCAAUAGAGACCUUUCCUCAGACGCUCCUCCAGGACCUCCACCCACACCAAAACUCAGAGAGCCCAAGGUGUUUGUUGCGAGACACGGCGCCCUUGGUGACCCGGAAGGAAAGGUUCAGGCCAGAGCGCUGCUCCGCAGUUCGCCGAGUAAGCCUUCUGUGAUCUCUGACCUAGUUCAGCUCCUGCGCUGCCUCUCCAAGCAACAAGUCUCUUCCCCUGCAGGGAGCCACAUCCCUGUGCUGAAGGGGUUGAAUAGAGGCUCGAACCCUCGAACAAAGCACAGAUACAGAGAAGCAAAGUGCAAGUCUCUGCACGAUCUUACAGAGGAAUUUGAUGAUGAAUUCAUCCCUGUCAAAGUGGUGGAGAGUGAGGUUAGGCGAGUGGAGAGCUGCAACAAGCAGCUGACUGAAGAGCUCACCCACAUCAAAAGCAACAAUGCAGACCUGUCUAAAACACUGGAGGAAAUCCAGAACCAAAACAAGACCCUGUUGGGUAGGUUGGAGGAGAAGGAGAAUGAACUCAACUCUGAGAAGAAAAAUGCUCUAAAGCGAGACAAAACUAUCCAGGGGCUUACUCAGGUCUUCAAAGAAAAGGAAAAUCAGAUUGCAGAGCUGUGUCAUGAGAUUGAGGACAGGGAUGACGCUUUGGCCAAGGCUCGGGAGGCAGCACACAAGGCCCAGCUGCAGAAAUACCAGGGAGUGGAGGAACACCAAAAUCUAUUAAUGGCAACGCAAACCGAGCUUGCCCAGCUCCAAGGGGAUCAUCAUGCCAAGUUGCUCGAAGCCCAAAAGCUACAACGUGGCCUCGACAGGAAGGAGCAAGAGCUGGUUGACUUGCUGCAGGCGAAGGACCAGCUAGAGGUGGAACUGGAGGACCUGCAGCAGCAGAAGAAGAAAGGAGACAAGGCCCUGAAUGAUCUGAACAAUCAGCUCAAGAAGCUGAGCGCUGAGAUCGGAGACAGGGAGAGUGCUCUAGAGCAGCAAUACCAGGAGCUGCUGGAUCAGACCAAAAGAAAACUGCAGACCCACGAGGUCACCAUCCAGCGGCUCACUUCCACUCUGGCCGACAAAGAACAGCAGUUACAGGAGUACAUCAACAUGGUUGGAGACUUCGAGCAGAGUAAAAGUCCAGGAGGAAAUGACAAUAUGCUUUCCAAGCUGCGGCAUAGGCUGAAAGAAAAAGAAAAGGCUCUCGAGCAAGCGCUGGAUGAGAAGUUUGCUGCCAUUGAGGAGAAAGACAAUGAGAUUCACCAGCUGCAGCUGUCCCUCAGAGAGAAGGAGAGGGACCUCGAUAGGCUCAAUAACUUGAUCUCUCACAACGAGGAAACCCUCAAUAGUUUUGACAGUCUGAUCAAGGAGAAGGACGUCGAGCUGCAGCAUCUUGCAAACACGCUAAAGAACCUGCAGAGAGCUAAGCAGGAUGUAGAAGACAACUUGAACAGAUCCCUGAGGGAGAAGGACUCCAUCAUUAGCCAGCUGCAGCUCUCCCUGGAGGGCAAGACGAAGGAUAUGGAGGAAAUGGCCGAAUCAGCGCUGAGCCAGUCGCAGACUCACACGCGUGACCUCGCUGAACAGAUGGGCCAGAGGUUAAAGGUCACCGAAGCGAUGCUGGCCGAGGCUGUGAAGGCAAGAGAAAGGCUGGUUGCUGACAAUGAGAGUGCUGUGGAAGGCCUGUUGGCUACAAUCAGCAGCAAGGAUCAGCUCAUCAAGGAGUCUGCAGAGCACUACAACCGCAUGCUGUCUGAGCGCACCCAGGAGAUUCUGCAACUGAAGAAGCAGCUGUCCGACAGGCAGCAGCAGCUUGUCACUGCCGAGAAGCAAAGCUUUACAUCGGCCCAGGAGGGUUAUUCAGAGGCAGCCGAGCUCCGAGCCCUGCUUGCUGAGAAAGACAGCAUGAUCAACAAACUUGUGCAGACUGGUCAGGAGAGGGAGGAGAGGCAGAAAGCGGAGGGGGAUCAUGUGUUGGCGCUCAGACAAACUAUACAGAUCUUGCAGGACAAGUUGGACGGGAAUGAAGCUGAGCUUUCCAGGCCGGCCAGUGAGGAUAAUGCAGAACCUAUUCUGACCUCUAAGAAAACAGUCGUCAUCUUGAAAAAGGAGCUGGCGCAGAAAACCGAGGCACUGAAGAGGGAGAAUGAACUGAAGAUUUCUUUGGCAGAGCUCCAGUCAUUGCUAUCUGAACUGGAGGGUCAAUAUGAAGGGCAGGCUGCUAACAUCGAGUCUCUGACCGCCACUCUGAAGACCAAGGAUGAGAUUAUCGAUGUUCUCCACCAGCGCCUCGGCCACGGAGGGGACAGUCGGGCCAAGCACACCCAGGAUCAGGUCAUUGGCUGUAGCCUGGAGAGAUCACUCCCGGGUCUCCCUCAGAGAGAGAGGACCAUAAUUGGUGGAGACAGCCAGCAAGAAGAGCAACAGGAGAAAGAUGCUCUGAACAAAGCACUAAGAGCCGAACAGCAGCUGUACUCCAGCCUGGUCAGGACUGUAAAGGAGCAGGACAGCGCCCAGCGUCUCCAUGCUCUGCAGCUGGAGCUGACAGCGGUGCAGCUGCUCAGGCAGCAGCUAGAGGAGGGCAUCAGAACUAAUGAGGGGCUGAGGGACGACUUGGAGAGAGAGAUUCGCCAAGCCAAACUCCGAGAAGGUGCGGUGCAAACUCAUUGGCUGGCAAAUGACGAGGGUAUGGACCGGAUUGACCCUAAAGAACUGCAGAGCAUGAGACAUCAGCUGGAAGAUGCACAGCGCUGGAAUGCCUCCCUGCAAGCUCGCUUAGGAGCCAUUCAGAACCGUGGAGGAGGGGUUGGUGGAGCUAAUGACGGUGGUGACACUUUGAGUUUCAUCGGGGAUCAGACUUCCUACAUGAGUAUCUGUAUAGUCGACGGGCAGGAUGACGGCUUGGCUCUACUUUCUGCACAGGAGCUCAGGCAGAAGGUGCAGGAGCUCCAGGAUUGUGUCAGCAGGCUGCAAACUGUAAACAACGAGCUGCAGAACCGGCUGUCGUUAUUGGAGAGGUCAGACGAUGGCGCUUAUGACAACGAAGAGAAAGACGUGGCCGGCAGAAGCCCCUUGAAACAGCAGCAGGAGCUGAGGACACAGGAGAUGCCGCCUGUGGCUCACGUCGACAGGACGCAUCCCUCUGGACAGGACAAAGAGAGUCAGACAGACAUCAAACUAGGACAGAUGGUGUCUGGAAAACUGUUGGGGGAUGUGAGUAUGGACAGUGGCCUUGGCCUGAUCAGAGAGCAUGCUCAGUCUGGCAACAACACCGUGGAGUCUGGAGGGGGAGAUUCUAGGCAGAGGAACCUGGAUGCAAUGGCCCUUAAAUCCCUGCUUACUCAUUGUGGGGCCACAUCAGUCUUGCAACUUAGAGACGAGUUGCUCGCACUUAGAUCGGAUAAUAUGGAGCUGCGAGGUCUUCUGAAAGAACAAAAAUCUACCGAGUGUAAAGAGAAAGAGAGCACAGAUGCCUCGGGCAACAGCAGUGAUGGACAGGCUGAAUGGAAAAGGCGCUCCAAGGUCAUCAAUCAGUCAAAGGAAAAGGGAGAGAAGAGCUCUCCGGAGGUGCCGGAUGGGGAGACCCGUGUCCCCACUGAGCUAAUUGUCAGCCCCACAGAGGGGAUGAAGGAUCCACAAACUAAAGGCCAGUCACACAGCAAGAUUACCAAGCAGCAUGUUGCCAGGCAUGGGGAUGGCGCCAAAUCUCGCCUCCCGGUCCCUGUGAGGCCGAGGGUGGAGUCCAGCAGCAGCACGCCGUUUGUGAGCAAAACUGAUGGACUUCAGGACCUUCCUUUGGACGGAGUAUACGGGUCAGACCAGCUACUGCAGGAAGACUCCACCGCGUCCCCCCAGCACAGCACUUCCCAGUCUUCCACCCUCAGCAAUGCACGACCCGUCGGCAGUCCAGAGGGGUCGGACAAGAACUCUGAAGGCGGAACAACACCGGAUCACACACGGGCCGACUCUGCUCUUUUCACUCAGCUUGAGCUUCUCCACCAGGAGUGUCAGGAGAAAGAGACCUUGAUCAAUAACCUAAGCGAGCAGCUUGCCAACUGGGAGGAGCUCCACGCUCAGAACCAGGAAAAGGACCGGCUCAUUCGCAUGUACGUGGAGGCCCUGCAGGCCGCAGAGUCCACCAUCGCUUACUUGACCGCCUGCAGUCUGGACAGCCAGGGGCGAUUUGGGUCCAGUCCAUCUUCAGGUUCUGAUUCUGCCGUUCACAGCAGAUGCAUGGAGCUGCAAAAGGCCCUGCAGGAGAAGGAGGAGCUCAACAAGCAGCUUUUAGAGCUUCUGGACAUGGCAGGGAAAGCUAUCACCUCCACCAACAGCCAAGAAAGGAUUCCAGGAAUCAGUGAUUUAUGUUUGAAGAUAGAGGCGGCCUUGCAGGAGGUGAGCGCGUCCUCCAAAAGGGAGAGUCCGAGAGGUGGUUCCGGUAGCACAGAGGGCUCGAUGCAGGAGCUGCAGCGACACAGCGACUCUUUGCAGGAGGCGCUGUGGCAGCAUAAUAGGCUUAAUGCGGAGCUGCAGGAAAAACUCAGGGCUGCAGAUGCUGCCGCUCAACACGUCUACAGCAAUGACCAGGAGGGUGAACGGUCGAGGCCGAUAGCGGAAGGGUCACUUCCGGAAAGGGAAGCACUGGACAGUGAAGGUGGAACGGGUAGUUAUAUAAACCAGGAGAUUACCACGGUCCUGAUGAACUGCCUCGGCUCCGCAGAGUCGGCCGUUUCUUCUCUGACGGCACACUGUACGAACACCAGCUGCCGGGCUUCUGAUCGAUCAUCACAGACCAAUCUGGAGUUCCAGAUGAAUUUAGACAAACUUCAGAGAGCCCUGCAAGAGAGGCGGGAUCUGGGAGAAGCCGCCAAACCCGGUGGCAAUCUGUCAUCGGACGGGCAACUUCCCCAAGGGCUCCACGGCAACCUGUGCCGCCUCUACAAGGUCUUCAACGAUCACCACCAGAGGAUCUGUGACCUCCAGGCCUCCCUGCAAGAAGACCGGGGCCGCAGGGAGGAGAGUGAGGUCCAGCCGACAGCGCAGGAUGCCAUGGGAUUACCACCCAGUGUCCAGGUUGAACUGGAGACCCUCCAUAAAGCGCUGAGGGAGAAGAGGAAAACGUGUAAAAGCCUAGAGGAGAAACUGGCCACGGCUCUAACCUCCCCUGAAACCUCGCGGAAAGCUCUGGAGCAGGAUGACAAAGGCGUGCAGGUGGAUUUGCAGGACCUGGGUUACGAAACCAGUGGCAAGAGUGAGAACGAUAGGGAAGAGAGCAGUAGCACAGAUCUAGAGGCUGGUGUGAACCCUAGUCGCAGCGCCUCUAGCCUGCCUUCCCGACACGAGCAGGCCACCUUCUCCUCUACUGAGAACCUGGACUCCACCUCCAGCACCCCGUACCCAAGUUCCCCGGCUCUCAGCUCAGCCAAGGUCAGUCUGAAAAGCCUGCUGGUCUACGACGAGUACGGUGUUUCUAAGGACCCUCUGCAGCUCCAGGCACAGGUCAGAGAGCUCAAGGUCCAGCUGGAAAACCAGACCAAACUCAUCCUCCAAAUGCAAAGUCUUCUGCGCAGGACGUCUGUCUGCAGCGACCUCGUUGCCAACGCCUCUGAUCCCUCAGCCGCCAAGGAUCAAGAGGGGACACGGCCGGGGGACAGAAGUGGGCAGCUCGGGGAGAAAAAGGAGGGUGAGAACCAGGCGAUGAACAAUAGCUCUCUGAAUAUGGAACUGGAAAGAGAAAGGACACUGAACAGAAGCACGACUGAGCAGCACGAGCAGACCCGCAGCCGCUCCACAUCACCCGCAAGACUGGACUCUCUGGUGCAGUCGCAGGCCAGGGAGCUGUCACAGCUGAGGCAGCAGAUGAAGGAGAGCCGCAGGUUGGGAGCGCUGCAGCGAAGGCAGCUGGCCGAGCUGAGCAAGGCCUUCAAGGAGCUGCUGCAGGCCGGCGAGGUCGACUACUACAAGGGCGAGGCGGUCAAAGAGCAGCUGGACAAGAGCCUGAGCAUUCUGGACCGGCUUGAAGGACGGCUGGACAAAGGAGAGUCUCGUGUGGCUAAUGAGGACGCGGCGGCCCUGGAACUGUCUCGGAGGUUGACAAAGGAGCUGCAGGAGAAGAACCGUCUGAUCCAGGAUCUGCAGAGCCAGUUGAGAGACGACGGCCCCCUCAGCCAACACAGCUCUCACUCUGAUCUGUGCCACUCAGACGGGACGUCCUCCUCCUGCCACAGCAGCUCGACCACGCAGAGUGGACAUCAAGCCGAGAGCCAGCGACACCGUUCUGAUUGGACAGGAGCGGAUGUCCCUCCUGUAGGAGGAGCCCACGGGGACGCUGUGUCCGCUCACCCGGACGCUGUCUGCCACCUGCGGGACCUGCGGAGGGAAAACGGGCGGCUGCAGGAUCAGCUGAGGGGCAGCGAGGAGCUCAACACCACCCUGCGAAGUGAACUCGACCUGCACCGUUCCAUUAUGGCCCAGACCAGCGCCCGCCAUCAGGAACGGGCUCAGGACCAGGAUGCGUCAACGCCUCGCACCCGCAGACGAGAAGGCGACGUUGGCUCGCACAAGAACGCUGCAGAACAGCCUCGCUCCAUGGACGCAGACUCGCUGGCAGAACAUCUGCAGGAGAUCCGCGUGCUGCGACAGCGCCUGGAAGAGAGCAUCAACACCAACGACCGUCUCCGGGAGCAGCUGGAGAAGAGACUAGCAGAGGUGGAGAAAGAUCCAGCAGCCACCAACAUCUUCAUCCACGGUAACGAGGAGCAGGGUCAGCUGGCUAGUGAGGUGCGUCUCCUCUGGGGACAAAACAAAGUCCUCAAUGAGCAGCUCAGCAUGAUGUCCAAAGACAAGCAGAAGGAGCGCGAGAAGCUGCGGGAGACUCUGGCCAGGAGGACGGCCAAACUGGAGCAGAGCAGGAGAGAGUGUGCAGCCCUGAUGCAAGAAAACAACCAACUGCAGGAGAGGCUGGAGCACAGCGGCCAAGAGAACUCCCAUCUGCAGGAGUCCGUGCACAGGUUGCAGUGUGAGGCGAAGCUGCAGGUGCAGCAGCUGUCCGACUCCCAGCAGCUUCUGCAGUCGCUGCGGGUGGAGCUGCAAGUUUAUGAAAAGAUCAAGACUGAAAAUCACAAACAAAAUGAGUCCAGCGAGGCGGCCCGGGAGCUGCCUUCUGGCACACUGGACCUGAGCGAGCUGCUGAUGGAGAUCAGACACCUGAGGCUGCAGCUGGAGAGGAGCAUCCAGACCAAUACGGCACUGCGACAGAGGCUGGAGGAGCAGCUGCUCAGAGGACCCAACCGCUCUGAGACCAUUAACAUCAACUACCUGCUGUCCUCUCCAGAUGAAGGAGGCAGGUCACCAGGUCGUGAAGGCUGCGACCUCCUCCGUCACUCGUUCCAGAGUCACGGCGAACACACCGGCGUCCUCGCUGAUGAGAAAGGCCGUGCUCACUCAGAGGAGGUCUCAUUCAGCAGCAGCUCCGGGGACAGCGUCUCCAGCGCUCCCCCCCGCUUGGUGCCGGGCCACCGGAUGUGGGCCAAUCGCAACGGGCGGCAUAUUUUGGGUCUGAUCGAGGACUACAACGCCCUCCGCAAGCAGAUCUCAGAGGGCCGCAGGCUGUCGCGCUGCAUGGACAAGCAGCUGCAGGAGAGUCUGCACGCACUCAAACAGCAGCCGUCCGACAACAAGGUGACCGAACAGCAGCAUCUAAAGAGCCUGUCAGGCAGCAUGAACAGCAUGCAGCACGUUCUAGAGGAGGCGGGUCGGAUGCUCAAGCUGGUUUGGAGAGUCUCUUUGCCAGCUGGUCACACAGCAGGGGGCGUUGCAAACAACCAGCAGGAUGAGCUGCUUAAAAAUGAGAUCGCCCGGCUGAAGAGCAGGCUGUCGCAGCAGGAGAGGAUGCUGAGUGGAGCCGUUAAACGCCUGCGGACAACCAACCAGCUCAAGGAGGGAAUGGAAAGAGUCAUCAUCGACCAGCUGUAUCUCACCCACGGGGUGUUGAAGAAAGCCAGAGGGAAUUUAGAGACAAAUUACUGCAGCCUCUUUGACCUGAAAGGUCCGUCUGGAGGACCAGACGAAGGAGGUGCCGCUCAAUGGCCAGUAGGGGGCGCUGCAGAGCCUCGACCUGUUCCUGUCCCUCGAGGAGCAGCAGGCAGACACUCCUCAGAGGACGUCAGCAGGGACGCCUCUCCGCGCUGCAGCUACUAAAUGUGCCGUUUCGAUGCCGCAUGCUGCUUUUUAAUAAUAUAGUUUGUGAUUGUCCGUCGGCCCUCAUCCCACCGGCGGUCCCGCCGGUCCUGAAGACGUCACCUUUUGUACACCUGACCUGCAUAUAGCUGCAUUCAUUUUAGGUACUGGAGUUGUUAGUUUUUUAAGAAAAUGCCUUUGUAAAUAGUGAUUACGGCGAUUUAAACACUUUCCUUUAUUGUUUUUAUACUAUGCAUAGAAGAACAUGAAAAUGUUUGUUUCCAUCAGUUUGUGUAUUGGAUGGUUCUGGACUUCAGUGAAUCAUGUGCAUAUGCAGUAAAGAAAAUAAUGUAACUAUGGAAGUGCCUUAAUUAGAAUCUAAUUUGUUUUUAAGUCCCUUCUAAAAGUUAAGUGAGUUAGAAAAGUUGUAACAGAGUUUUGGUAAAUUUAGUCAUUAAACAGUACUAUGGGGUUGCGCUUUGGAGCAGUAAACCUUCAAAUUGACCCCUUUUACAGUGGGAUUUAUAAACAAGCGAAAAGGCCAGCCGUCCCUGUAGAAAAACAGUCUGUCAAAGGCCUUUUGGCUCUGCCUUUAUUUUACAUUCUGAAGUUGGAAAAGUUUAGUUUUUAGAGAAAAUACUAAUUAUAUUGUGUCUGUCCGUUAAUGUAUUGGAUUGAGACUACAUGUACAGUGAAUUAUUUUAAAAUGUUGCAAAGAAAGAAAAUGUUGAUGAAACCCAA